AUGUCGGUCGAGCGAGUCAAAGACAAGAAAGGAGAAAAUAUCAAUGAGGGUGACCAUGUCUAUACCCGCUAUCGGGGCGGAUCUCAUGAAGGAGAGGUUGAAAAAAUUGUGAUGGAUCAAGCCGAAGCGGACGAGGAGAACGUCGCGAAUCCUCCCAAGAAAGUCAACGACGCAAAUUCUAACGCUCGAAGGUCAUCUUCACCGAUCAACAUGGACAUCGGGUUGCGCAUAAUCCCAGCACGCUGGAGAAGACAGGAUGAUAGCUCCGCCAUAUGCGAACGCUUGCAACCCAGUUUAACGCAAGUCGGCAUGACAAAUAUCGUCUGUCCUUCAGCAUAUCUUGCUGCCUAUGAUGGGACUUAG